CGCAAAGGGAGGGACGACUACAUCAUCCACAGGAGUCACUACUAGUUCAUCUGCUUCACCAAAGACAGAACAAGAGGAUCGUCGUGAGCUCAAGCUCGUACUUGAGAUCCUUUCGGGAGGUCGUGCGGUCAUCAACAGUGAGGGGACCACCAACUACAAAGAGGAAUCUUCAGCACCCUUUCGCCUAGAUUCUACGCGCAAGCUCC